UUAACUGUCAUUUUAGAAAAAUUUAAAGUGGUUCAAUAAUCGUAAAAAUCUUUUUAUACAUUUGUACAGGUUUGCGUCAAACAAAAUUAUUGUUUUUCUAUUAUAUUUAAGAACCAAAUACAUUGCAACUAUGUCAGAGGAAGUCAGCAUCCGGUACCAAAUCAAAAUCCCAGCAGCAACGUCGAACGAAAUUCAGAGUUCGCUCGAAAAUGAUCCGAAAAUCGAGUCAGAAAAGUUGAUGGUUUGUGAUGAAAUAGACAGGACGUUGAACACCGAAGAGGUAUCCGAGAAAAAUUUUGAGGCUCCAGAAGAGAAGCAGAAAACAUUGGAAGCUCCAGGGGUAGCGGAAGAUAUCAAAGGCUUUAUAACACCGAAAGAGUUCAAUGACACGGAUGAGGAGAUCGAGGAGGUGGAGGAGCUGAGUUCCGGUACAUCCUUUACAUCCUGUUGCUCGUACGGGUAUAUGCGACAGGCGAUCCUUUGCAGGGACAUACGCCACGCAUCCACCUUGAGUUUGGAUAGUGGCAUUGUUAUUGUUCCUCCAAUCGAUAUUUUUAUCAAUCGGGAUCUGGAUAAAGAUCAGAAUCAGUUACAAGGAUUUUCCAUAUAUCAAAGUAUUGAGAACAAGACCGUUAUGGAGAAAAGACCACUGAAUGUCACUUCCGAAGACAGCGACUGUGAUAACGAAAUUAGUCUGGAUGAAGUUCACCAACGCUUCUCGGCUUGGUUCAAUCACAAGGAAAUAGAUACCGCUUAUUCAUGUUUCACGCAGACGGAUGAAGACCUGGAUGGGUACAUAAGUCUGGGCGAACUGAAGAGAUUCCUGGAAAAACUGGAGAUGCCACAAACCCAUUUGGCUGCCAAAAACGUAAUGAGCCAUGUGGUGGGAAAUCACGUAGAACGUCUAACCUUCUGCCACGCGCUCCUUAUUUACGGAACUGUUUUGAACCGCUUGGAACUACGAAAGGGUCAUCUUUUAGAUCGGGAGCGGCUGCGUUUGGCCCGGAGUAAAGCGGUAGACGUGUCCAAAGUCGGUGUCAGUGGUGCAAAACAAUUUUUCGAGGCCAAAAUUGCUCUGCAAUCGGAUCCCUCACUACCUAUUAAUACGGAUCAACCAGUGGCUCGAACUCCAGUGCAUUCAUUGAAUACGGAGAACCCAGAUUGUAGAAGAGUCAACUUUAAAUCUGCUGCCGCUCUUUUUAAGAAGCUUAAAAAUGAUCAAUAGUCAACUCGCGUGGAAGCCUCCAAUGCAGACCAUACAAUUCUGAUUCAAUAGUGUUGCGCUAAAUUUCCAGUUGAAUUGACUGACCUUGUAUCUACUACAUAACU